CCGGAGACGGGAGCCUGGCGGCGGAGCAGCCCAGCCCUGCCGGGCGCUACCUCCCGCGCCGGCCGGCGGCUCUCGGCGCUCACCGCCGCGGGCGAUGCUGCCCCUUCGCUCCGCGCUGCCGCCCAAGCGCUACCGCGGCGCCUCGGCUUCGCGAUCGCGCCCGGGCCGCGCCGCCGCCCGAGCGGCCCUGGCGGCUGGAGGAGGGCGCGGCGGCACCGGCUGCAGCCCGGCUUUGGGCCCGCGCGUCGGGGCGGGCCGGGUCCCGGUCCGGCGGCGCGGGCCGGGGUCGCCGCGGGCCGCCCGGAGAGGGGCGGAGCAGGAGCCGCCGCGCUCGUGCGCGCGCUGGCCGGUAGGGGCAGUUGCCACCCCCCGCAGGGGGAGGGGGGGCGGAGCCGGGCGCGGCGCGAGGCCCGGGCGCGCGGCGGCGGCGGCGCUUCUCCUCGCCCAGCCGGCGGCGGCCAUGGCGGCCGUGCUGUCCCCGCGCCUCUGCGACAGCGACCCGGCCACCCCCGGCGCACAGUCCCUGAAGGAUGACAUAGAAGAAAAUUCCAAUGAUAGCAGCCAGCCAUCCAAAAGACGACGUAUGGGCUCAGGGGACAGUUCUCGGAGCUGUGAAACUUCUAGUCAGGACCUUGGAUACAGCUAUUUUCCUGCUGAAAACUUGAUAGAAUACAAGUGGCCACCGGAUGAAACAGGAGAAUACUAUAUGCUUCAGGAGCAAGUCAGUGAAUAUCUGGGUGUGACUUCCUUUAAAAGAAAAUAUCCAGAUUUAGAAAGACGAGAUCUAUCUCAUAAAGAGAAACUCUACCUCAGAGAACUAAAUGUUAUCACAGAGACUCAGUGCACGCUAGGUCUAACAGCUUUGCGUAGUGAUGAAGUAAUUGAUCUUAUGAUUAAAGAAUACCCUGCCAAACAUGCUGAGUAUUCUGUUAUUCUGCAAGAGAAAGAACGUCAGCGAAUAACAGAUCACUACAAAGAGUACUCACAAAUGCAGCAGCAGAACACACAGAAAGUAGAAGCCAGUAAAGUUCCAGAAUAUAUUAAAAAAGCUGCCAAGAAAGCUGCAGAAUUCAACAGCAAUUUAAACAGAGAGCGGAUGGAAGAAAGAAGAGCCUAUUUUGAUUUACAGACACAUAUUAUCCAGGUGCCUCAAGGAAAAUACAAAAUCUUACCUACGGAGAGAACAAAGGUUAGUCCGUAUCCAGUGGCUCUCAUACCCGGCCAGUUCCAGGAGUACUACAAAAGGUACUCUCCAGACGAACUUCGUUACUUGCCAUUAAACACAGCUCUUUAUGAACCUCCUUUGGAUCCAGAGCUGCCUGCGUUAGACAGUGAUGGAGAUUCAGAUGAUGCAGAGGAAGGAAGAGGUGAUGAAAAAAGGAAAACCAAAGGCAAUUCGGAACAGGAAGUACUCAAUGCAGAAACAGUUACUUUGUUCCAGUUUAAAGAGAAGGACAAUUCAUCUGGCAAUGUAUCUGAAGGUGAUUGCGCCACAGACAACCAGGAGGAUUCUUUUCAGGGAAGACAAAAAACAAGAGACAAAAGUGCUACUCCAAGAAAAGAUGGUUCCAAACGUUCUGUAUUAUCCAAAUCAGUUCCUGGGUACAAGCCAAAGGUCAUUCCAAAUGCUAUAUGUGGAAUUUGUCUGAAGGGUAAGGAGUCCAACAAGAAAGGAAAAGCUGAAGCUCUUAUACAUUGCUCCCAGUGUGACAACAGUGGCCACCCUUCUUGCCUUGAUAUGACCCCGGAGCUUGUUGCUAUGAUUAAGACCUAUCCUUGGCAAUGUAUGGAGUGUAAAACGUGCAUUAUAUGUGGGCAGCCUCACCACGAAGAAGAAAUGAUGUUCUGUGAUGUAUGUGACCGUGGUUAUCACACUUUUUGUGUCGGGCUUGAUGCUAUCCCUUCAGGUCGCUGGAUUUGUGAUUGUUGUCAGAAAGACUCUCCUGUACCCAGAAGAGGAGGAAGAAGGGGGAAAAACAGCAAAGAGGGCUAAACAAACAAAGAAACAAACAAACCAACCACCUUGCUGUCGAAAACUUAAUUGC